CAACAACAAACUAUUUUCUCAGAAAUUUCUGGCGGGAAAGUAUUCAAAGUACUUUUGCUGUUAACAGAUUGUGCUAUGGCUAAAGGGUUUAUUUUGUCAUCAACAGUAUCAUUAUUGUUACUGUGGAUUGCUAGUGGAAGUAUUGUAAAAGAUGACAACUUUGUAGGAGAAAAAAACAGUCCUUUGAAUUAUACAAUUUCUAAGAAAGUUCUUGCAGAUUUGACAGAAAAAUGCAGACUAUUUAGGGAAAAGCAGCGGAACCAUUCCCGUAAGUUGUUCACAGAUGAAGAAAACAGAAUAUUUGAAGAUGGCUGUUUUGAAAUUGACAAUUUAAUUAAAGUAAAUCUGACAACAGACAAUGGGUUAUAUCAUAAGGGAAAUGGUGGCCUUAAGUUAAUUGAUGUUGAUAAAGUGAAAGCGCUACAAAAUCAUGAGAUAACAAGUGUAAAGACAUUUCCAGCAAAAAAACAGGAAAAAGGAGAACUGCAUUUGAAUGGACCUGCUCACAGAUACGCUCUUCACCAAUGUUGUUUCUUACUGCAAACAGAAGCAGAAAUUUCAGCAAUGAGUAAUGCAGAGUUUAUUGAUUGUAUACCAGAUAUUGGGAAACUGACAGAUUUAAAAAGUAAUCAAAAGGAUGCCUUGCUUUCUAAAGCAAAAAACGGCAUUGUCUAA